AUGAAUUCACUCGGUGCGGCCAACUAUCAGUUUGGGCUUGAUCUUUUCAAAGAGCUGAGGAAAACAAACGAAGGCAACAUCUUCUUUUCCCCUGCGAGCAUCUUGACAGCCAUCGGCAUGCUUCACCUGGGGGCCCGAGCGAGCACGGCCCGGCAGUUAGGGCAGGUGUUUCACACUGAAAAAGACACGGAAAGCUCAAGAAUAAAUGCUGGAGAAAAAGAGGUGAGGACCCAUGAGGAAGAGUCAAAGAAGAUUGAGAAGACAGAAGAGAUACAUCAGCAGCUCCAGAAGUUUUUGACUGAGAUGAACAAACCCACAAAUGAUCAUGAACUGAGCAUAACCAACAGGCUGUUUGGAGAAAAGACAUACCUUUUCCUUCAAAAAUACUUAGAUUAUGUUGAAAAAUAUUACCAUGCUUCUCUGGAACCUGUUGAUUUUGUAAAUGCUGCAGAAGAAAGUCAAAAGAAGAUUAAUUCCUGGGUUGAAAGCCAAACUCAUGAAAAAAUCAAGAACCUGUUUCCAGAUGGCUCUCUUAGCAGUGCCACCAAGCUGGUGCUGGUGAACACAGUUUAUUUUAAAGGACAAUGGGACACGGAAUUUAAGAAAGAAAAUACCAAGGAGGAGGAAUUUUGGCUGAAUAAGGGCACAAGUAAAUCUGUGCUGAUGAUGAAACAACACCAUUCCUUUAAAUUCACCUUCUUAGAAGACUUGCAGGCCAAAAUUCUGGGAAUUCCAUACAAAGGCAAGGACCUAAGUAUGUUCGUGCUGCUGCCAAAUGACAUAGAUGGACUGGAGAAGAUUAUAGAUAAAGUAACUCCUGAGAAGUUGAUAGAAUGGACUAGCCCAAGGCAUCUGGAAGAAAAGAAUGUGAACUUGAGCUUGCCGCGGUUCGAAGUGGAAGACACUUACGACCUUGCAGCGGCCCUGGCCGCCCUGGGGAUGGCGGAUGUCUUCAGCGAGCAGGCGGCGGACUUUUCAGCAAUGUCCGCGAGGUCUGGGCUGCACGCCCAGAGCUUCCUGCACAGCUCCUGGAUGGUGGUGACCGAGGGAGGCACCGAGGCCGCAGCCGCCACCGGCAUGGGCCUCGCCAGCACAUCCGCCGGAGGUUUUGAAAACGUUCACUGCAAUCAUCCUUUCCUGUUCUUCGUCAGGCACAACGAGACCGACAGCAUCCUCUUCUUCGGCAGAUUUUCUUCUCCUUAG